AUGGAUUUCCUGCAGACUUGGAACCACACUUCACUGACACAGUUCAUUUUACUUGGCUUAACAGAUGACCCAGUCCUUCGAGUCAUCCUCUUCAUCAUCAUCCUGUGCAUCUACCUGGUGACUUUGUCUGGAAACCUCAGCACAAUCUUUCUAAUCAGAAUCUCUCCUCAGCUCCAUCACCCCAUGUACUUUUUUCUGAGCCACUUGGCUUCUACCGACAUAGGCAUUUCAUCUUCUGUCACACCCAACAUGCUUGUUAACUUCCUGGUGAAAAGCAAUAGCAUCUCCUAUCUUGGGUGUGUCACCCAGCUUGACUCAGCUGCUUUCUUUGGGACACUUGAGUCCUACCUUCUGGCUGUCAUGGCUUAUGAUCGCUUUGUGGCCAUCUGUAGUCCACUGCUUUAUUCAACCAAAAUGUCCACACAAGUUUGUAACUGGUUAGUUGUGGGAUCAUAUGCAGGAAGUUUUCUAAAUGCUUCCUCCUUUACCUUUUCCUUCUUUUCUUUUCUCUUCUGUGGACCAAACAGAAUCAACCACUUUUUCUGUGAUUUUGCUCCUUUAGUUGAACUUUGCUGUUCUGAUGUCAGGGUCCCCACAGCUGUUACCUCACUUUCUGCAGGCACUGCCGCUCUCAGCACAGUGUUAGUCGUAGCUGUCUCCUAUACCUACGUCCUCAUCACCAUCCUGAAGAUGCGCUCCACUGAGGGCCGCCAGAAGGCUUUCUCCACCUGCACCUCCCAUCUCACUGUGGUCACUCUAUACUAUGGGACUGUCACAUUCAUUUAUGUGAUGCCGAAGUCCAGCUACUCCACUGACCAGAACAAGUUGGUUUCUGUGUUCUAUAUGGUGUUGAUCCCCAUGUUGAACCCUCUCAUCUACAGCCUGAGGAAUAAUGAGAUUAAGGGAGCUCUGAAGAGACAACUUGGUUAG